GCCAAACCCAGCCACCCACCACCACUUGUUGAGUUGAGGAGGCGUCGAAGUUCAGGGAUCCGAAAAGUGUCUUUCUCAGAUCUGGCCAUGGUGGAGGCCCCAAUGGGCACCGGGAUCGAGUACGACUACCUGAUCAAGUUCCUAGCGCUGGGCGACUCGGGCGUCGGCAAGACGUCCUUCCUCUGGCAGUACACCGACGGCGUCUUCCACUCGCGCUUCAUCUCCACUGUCGGCAUCGACUUCAGAGAGAAGCGUCUGCUGUACCGGCCGAGGGAUGCCGAGGGCGCGCCGCAGGGCAAGAGUCAGCGCAUCCACCUGCAGCUGUGGGACACGGCCGGCCAGGAGAGAUUCCGCAGCCUCACCACUGCUUUCUUCCGCGAUGCCAUGGGCUUCCUGCUGCUCUUCGAUCUGAGCAGUGAGCAGUCGUUCCUGGCCAUCCAGGGCUGGCUGGACCAGCUCAAGACGCACGCCUACUGCGAUAACCCCGACAUAGUGCUGUGCGGCAACAAAGCGGACCUCGAGGAGCGAGCCAUCACGGAGGACCGGGCGAAAGAAGUGGCCGACAAGCACGGCUUGACCUACAUCGAGACGUCGGCGGCCACCGGGCAGAACGUGUGCACCGCCGUCGACAUGCUGCUGGACGCCGUGAUGCGGCGCAUGGAGCAGGCCGCCGACCAGUCCACGCUGCCCGGCCGGCGGGGGAGGCCGGCGCCCGACGUGGCCCACAUGCAGCUCACGCCCGUGGACGAGUCCAAGUGCAGCUGCUGAUGGCGCCGCGGCGCCGGCCGAUAUCAGCGGCCGGCGCUGGGCGAGUGAUGCACGAUACCGCGUCUGGCGGCGGGCUCGCUCCGGUCGCAGCUGUACCAAGUGCAAUUAGCGCCUCCGGCCGUCGCCGGCGACCUCGAGCUAAUUGCGUGGCCCGUUGAUUUGGUGACCGAUUGGCGCCGCGGCGACCGCAGCAGGUGCGCGCCCGCGCGAUCGUGAAGCGGCGACCUCCUCCGACGCUGAUGCGGUGCGAUCUUAUCUGCCCGGUUCCCCACACGCUCGAUAGCGGAGGGGUUGCUUAACCACCAGGCGCACGGGCCCGCAGCUGCGCUAUGACCUGCCAAUCAGCGGCGCAGCUAUGAGUAACGUGGGGACAAGCGGCGAGACGUCCCCCUGGAUACCAGUGGUGUUGGUCUUGGGUCUUUUGGUUGCAAGACCGCGACAGCGACUUCCUGUUUAACGCGCUGCCGGUAUCGUAACGGUUGUUGGUUAUGUCUUCCGCGAGUUUUCUUGGGUCAGGACCAGGUCGACUGUAUGCGGCUGAGCGGCUGCUGUUUCUUAUCGAAUGGUGGUCAUGGUAGCGAGAAUGAGUUGACACGAGAAGACGUUAUGAGACGAGACGUUGCUGACUUGACAUGAGAAGGCACAGCUGCUGGUUCCGAGCCGGAGAUGCGAGAACCGCUUCCACCAAAGGCUUCAUACGGCAAUCGGUAACGAAAUCUGUAUCUGUGAAUGUCUAAUACACGUCCUGCCAGC